AUGGCCCCCGGAGACCGCCUGGCAGGCGGGCAUGGCCCCCGGAGACCGCCUGGCGUCCCGAACCAACACCGGCCAUCCAUGUCCCUUCGAUACAAAAUCGAGGCGUGCUACUCCAGACGUGCGAGGCAGGAUAAAGACGUCCAUCGCUGCGCCGUUUCUCACUGGAAUCGGGGACAGCUGCUGGUCACUCACUGCCCGUGUUUCUUGACGCCUUGUUUUUUCUCUUCCAGACACAACAGCUGGGAGCCAGAGGAAAAUAUCCUGGACCCGAGGCUGCUCCUGGCCUUCCAGAAGAAGGAACACGAGAAGGAGGUGCAGAACCGGAAGCGAGGCAAGCGGCCCAGGGGCAGGCCCCGGAAGCACACGGUGAUGUCCUGUGGCCGGCACUCCAAGCUCAAGGAACCGGACGCGCCCUCCAAGUCCAGCAGCUCCUCGUCUUCCUCCACGUCGUCUUCCACGUCCUCGGACGAAGAGGAGGACAGCGACUUAGACGCCAAGAGGGGUCCCCGGGGCCGCGAGACCCACCCAGUGCCUCAGAAGAAGGCCCAGAUCUUGGUGGCCAAGCCUGAGUUGAAGGACCCCAUCCGGAAGAAGCGGGGCCGCAAGCCCCUGCCGCCGGAGCAGAAGGCGGCCCGGAGACCCGUGAACCUGGCCAAGGUGCUGAAAACCGCGGGGAAGGACCUGGGCGCAGCGUCCGGCAAGCUGCCCCCUCCGCUCAGCGCCCCCGUGGCGGGCCUGGCAGCCCUGAAGGCCCAUGCCAAAGAGGCGUGCGGCGGCCCCGGCACCAUGGCCAGCCCGGAGAACCUGGCCAGCCUGAUGAAGGGCAUGGCCGGCAGCCCCAGCCGCGGUGGCCUCAGCUGGCAGAGCUCCAUCGUGCACUACAUGAACCGCAUGAGCCAGAGCCAGGCCCAGGCUGCCAGCAGACUGGCGCUCAAGGCCCAGACCGCUGGCAAGUGCGGCCUCGGGCUGGACCUCAAGGUGAGGACACAGAAGGGGGAGCUGGGGAUGAGCCCCCCUGGAAGCAAAGCCCCAAAGGCCCCCGGCAGUGGGACCGCGGAGCCGAAAGGGGGCAGCGCAGGAGGGGCCCCCUACAUCCACGGCAGUGGCAAGGCCCCUGCCGGGUGCCUGGGCUCCCAGCCUGCGGCCACCCAGGAGCUGAGCCUCCAGGUCUUGGACCUACAGAGUGUCAAGAACAGCACGCCAGGGGGUGGCAUGGCCGCCCGCCAUCCCGCAGCCACCAAGGGCGUCACCGCUGCCAACCCGGCCACCGGGAAGAGCACCGGGGGCGGCCCCCCCGCAGGGAGCGGGGCUGGCGUGUCCUCCGACAGCAGCAAGAGCGAGAAGCCGGCUCCCAGGGGGGCCGCUCUGCCCGCCCCCACAGGCAAGAGAGACUGCGCCAAGGGCGGCAUGGCCCCUGGGGGGCAGGAGGGCCACGCGGCCCCGGGAGACGCACGCAGGGCGGCCUUGGCGUCCGAGGUGAGCACCGAGGAGGAGCACAGCAGCUCCGACCCCGACCCUGACCCGGCGUCGCCCGGCGCCGGACCAAACCUGUCCGUGUCGGUGCAGACCAGCCAGGAUUGGAAGCCCACCCGCAGCCUCAUCGAGCACGUCUUCGUCACCGACGUCACCGCCAACCUCAUCACCGUCACGGUGAAGGAGUCCCCCACCAGCGUGGGCUUCUUCAACCUGAGACAUUACUGAUGACCCGGGGCCGCCGGCCGCCCUUGUCUGGCCUCCGGCUCUGUGCUGCCCUGCAGCCCGGCCUCUCCAGGGUCCCACAGCCUCCUUCGAGGGCAGGCUUGGAGGGGACGCCCCCAGGCCCCACCUGUGGCUCCGGGCCGGGCUGUACCUCGAUGCCUUGCCAAGGCCUGGCCUUGCCCUCACGCCUACCUCCGGGCCUUUGCUUCGCUUCCCGUAUGCCUCAGGAAGUCUGUGUCCGCGCGUCCCGCUGAACGUUUCUCAAGGCCGCCCCGCUGGCUGUUCAAACUGCCCGCCCCGCCCAUGCGGCCUGCUCUCCUCCGGGUUUCCCAGGCGUGCGGCUGUCAGGAGAGAUCCGGCGGCAGAGAAGGAGCAUGGCCCGGGAGGUGGCGGGGUGGGGCGGUCGGCCCCGGCCUGGAGGGACCGAGCACGGGCUCAGCUGGUUUUUUAAGGAGGUGGGCCGGGGGCCGGGAAGGGACCUCACAGUCAGGAUUCCCCUCAGCGCCUGAGCUGCGGAGGACUAGGGUCUGUCCCGCCCCCACGCUGCCAGUGAGGGCCACAGCCUGAAGUAGGACGGGCACUGGCUGUAACCGUGCUCCAGAGCCCUGCAGACCUCCCUUGGUGCCCUGUGACCCCAGUUCGGGCAAACAGCUGCAGCACCGAAUGUUCUAGAAGCCAUCGUGAACCAGGAGGGGCUGGGCCCGCAGUGGUUUCAUCUAGAACCCCCGUGUUUUGGGGAGCAGAAGCAGAAGAGUGUCCCUCUGGCUGCCCUCCUUUGUGCCAUGGCGUGCCAGGGCAGCCGCGGCCCCGAGAGCCCCGGAAGGUGGUGGCGGGGCAGGUGCUCAGCCCAGCUCCCACCCCCGGCCGUCUCUCCCUGACAAUCCCUCCCACCUUCUGGGGUUCCGUGUGCUCCCUCCCAGCUGCAAGGCUGUGUCCUUGGACCAUUCGGAAGUAGGGCACGAUCCGGGCGCCCUGCCUGUUGGAGGGCCCCUGGGAAAGGGUAGGUCUGCCUGCCCCUCACCAGACGGCUGCCUUGUGUGGCUGCGGAAAGGCAGGUCAAAGAGUGGGGACGUUGUGAUGCCAAAAGUGGAGGCGUGGGUCCCCUCUGCCUCGGCUGUCGGUGGCCGCCAGCCGGCAGGUGUGGGCACCCUCCCCCUCCGUGCCCCGUUGCCUUGAUCACGGGAGCCCGACACGGGGCUCUGCUCUCUGAACGGUGGGCCCACCAGACCUUCAACCCCCAGGUCCCUCCCCCUACGCGCCAAAUAGAAAGAUGGCUUUUUGUGUAUCUGAAUCAAUUUCAACAGUGUGCCUUUGGGGACAGACACGUGUCCACGGACUCAUCGAGGGGCGUCCAGAGACAGCUCCCGGGUCCCCGUGCGGCAGCCAUGCUGGGCGGUGGCAGGGGCAGAUCUGAGGGCAGGGGGUCCCAGACAACCAGGCUGGAAAGUGGGGGGCGGCAUCGUGGCUCACACUGCACAGUCUGGAAGAAAGGGGUCCCGGGGCACCUGGCACCAGCUCCCCCUCCGGUGCCCAGAGGCCCAGGUGUGACGAGCGGGCUCCUCGGGGAGCUGACUGCCUCCAGCUUUCUCAGCCCCUCUUUCCUGCCGGGCACCAAGCUGCCCUGGAGGCGGCAGAGCCAGGCCUGCAGCGGUUCCCCAAGCCUCUGGGACAGCCCGGGCCUCCGGGAGCCGUCGGACAGACGAGUGUCUGCCCCCCGACGUGGUGCCUUUCUGUUUACCAGCUACUUCAGUCCCAAAGUUGAAUCUGCAAACACCUUACUUACUCCGGGCCACUUUGCCUUCUUGCUGUGUCGUGUGGUUGUAUUCUGGUGCUGAUCAGUCCGAGAGGCUCAUGUUUAAAAGGGUGCGUGCAUGCAUGGGUGCGUGCGUGCAUGCACCCAUGCAGGCACGACUGCCUACACCGAAGACGCGAUGGCCAUGUUUACCAAUAAAAGUAGUACUUUUUGUUAUUUGCUGCUAUGUGUGCGUGAGUGUGGUGGGCGUGCGUGUGUGGCCGGACUUCAGUCAUCUGAUUUGAGACCCCCUCCCCCGUGUCUCCGAACCCGCAGGGUCUCCUGCGUGGACCCCGUGGCAGCGUAUACUGAAUGGGAGUUUGAGUAGCUGAGUCUCUGUUUGCUCGUUAUGGACAGGAGGGAGGAGGUGGCCAGUCUGUCCUCUUGUUAAGAGGGUUUGACCUUUUUUUAUAUAUAUUUUUUGGUACCAAAAAGAGUGUUCCUUGUUUCGGUUACACUCAAAAUUCUGACCCAGGCCUAGAGGUUUCAUUAGGGGGAAUUGGGUGGGGACCAGAGCUUUGGAUCAGUGCCAAUUGCUGGCUUGAUUUGUGUUUUUUAAUUAAAAUAAAAAAUCAUUCAUGUAUGCCGCUUCUAAUUGCUUUAAACUAUGGCUGCGGCCCUGGGAAGCUUAAAGGUCUUUGUUGAAACAGGACAGCAGCCCAGCCCCCAUAUUCAGUCAGGACCUACCAGUUAGAGAAAAUGCUUCCCCUAGGAAGCCCACAGUGGUUUCCUGGGAGGGGUGGGAGGAGGGGCGAGGUGCCGCCUAGAUGACCAGAUUUUUGCCUAAGUACAUCUAAAGGUUCUGUUGCUUUUCUAGUAUUUUUGGAGAACUAACACUAGGCAUACAUUGCAGAUUCUCUUUUUUUGACUGAUGUUAAUUUAUUUUGCAGGGGAAAGACAUUAGCGGAUGGUGUCAGGUUUUUGUCUUCCCUUCUGUUAAUUCUUAGCAUAUCAAUAAAUACUGUUUUCCACCUGUCA